UCAUUUCUAAACGGAACAUAUGAAACGUCAAAGUCUACAUUUAUUGACGUAUUCCGCAAACAUCGGUUUCGGUGUUGAAUUUUAUGAAAAAUUUAAGUAAGCAAAAUAAAAAGUAACUAUUUGCUUGUCAUAAAACAAAGAUUAAUGCUCACCCGAUAUGGUCAGGAAUAGGAAACAACCCGCGCAACAGAAACAUGGGAAUAACCACGAAUCUAGCAGUAGUUCUGGGGCGAGCGAUGUCUCUUUCGUUAGCAGGACUUUUCACUUGUUAUCUAUUUGGAAAACUUUUGUUGGAGUGGUGUGUUUUAUGAUAGCUGUGUACAUAAGUACUUUGGGGUACUUAGAGACAAGAGUUAACACGCCGUUAGGUGAAGAAAAGGUAGUCAUCGACGCAGGGCUGGCGGUGCCAGAUAUGUACUGGGGUAGCUAUCGGCCCGGCGUUUACUUUGGGAUGAAGAGUCGCGACCCGCGCUCACCCGUCUUUGGCAUGAUGUGGUACGAGCUAGCAGCAUCUGCGCAUAAAGGAAUCAGACACCAGUGUGAACAGAAUGACAACCUGCCGACAUACGGCUGGCUGCGUCACGAUGGGGUCCACUUCGGGGAGCAGCUGAUCUCGGACCCCCCACACGACAUACGCACCUCCUUCUUGAAGACCCCCGGGGGGGAGCACGGCGGCCAUUGGACUGCGCGCAUCAAUAUCACUUCAACAGAUGGACGGAACACGCCGCUGGUGCUGAUAUGGUACGGCGCGCUGGACGAGUCGCUGGGUGCAGGGGUGCACUCCCGGCUGUGGGUCGAGCGCGACACGCUGCUGGGCCACACGCCCGCGCUGGGCAACUUCAAAGUGCACCUGGUGCCUCACACUGGUAAAAUAAUCCACAAGUCUCACUCGGAGGCCUACGCCAGUGGGCUGCAAGUUCUCAAGGAGAAGUUUUACUCGCUGCUGCGAGUGGACAAACACCCGAACUUCGGUCGACUCGCCGUCUUGGGGCCUGAUGGGGAACUGAAGAAAAACAUCGACACUGAAGUCAACUUCGUUCCAAUACAACUACUAGUCGAGACUCCCUUCGUGCUGGAUGUGAUAUACACCACAGAAGACUUCCCCAUACCGCCAAUAAAGGGGGAUGAGUAUACCAGAACUUUGGCCAACUUAACGAAGGAGUUCGAUAAAAAGUUCGAAGAGAAAUUUAAAUUAAAGGAGAAAGGCUACUCGGACGAGGACGUGGGCAUCGCCAAAGCGGCCAUGUCGAACAUGAUAGGCGGCAUCGGGUACUUCUACGGCGCCAGCCGCGUGCAGUCCCAGUACACCAAGGAGCCGGUGCCCUACUGGAAGGCGGCCUUGUACACCGCCGUGCCCAGCAGAUCAUUUUUCCCUCGCGGUUUCCUAUGGGACGAAGGGUUUCACGGUCUACUAAUCGGUCGGUGGUCACCGGAUAUCCAGCUCGACAUCGCAGCGCAUUGGCUGGACCUCCUCAACGUUGAGGGGUGGAUACCGCGUGAACAGAUUCUAGGAGUGGAGGCGUUGGCAAGAGUUCCCAAGGAGUUCGUAGUACAGAGCAACGCGGCGGCCAACCCGCCCAUGCUGCUUUUGACCAUUGGCCACCUGGUCAAGACCAGGCCUGAACUGUUCAAGGUCGACUCACCACAUCGAGACAUUUUGGACAGGAUGUUCCCUAGACUACAGGCGUGGUACCAGUGGUUCCAGACCACUCAGAAGGGCGAGGAGGCGACCUCUUACAGGUGGCGGGGCAGAGAUAACGAUGGGGUCCAGUUGAACCCUAAAACAUUGACUUCGGGACUUGACGACUAUCCCAGAGCCUCGCACCCGUCGUACAUCGAGCGGCACGUGGACCUUCGUUGCUGGAUGUACGCCGCCGCGGACGCCAUGGCCACCAUAGCGAGGGUCCUCGAACUGGAGACGGACAAAUUCGAAUCAACGAGAGACCAGUUGGGUGACGAAGACCUCCUGAACGAGCUGCACUGGUCGCCGCAUACGCAGACCUACGCGGACUUCGGACUACAUACAGACGGAGUCAGGUUCGUGAGGCAACAAAGCAAGAACCCGCAGGAGGGGUCCAAGGUGGUGCGCAGCGUGACCAUAGCGCCGCAGCCCCGCCUCGUCACCUCUGCGUUCGGUUAUGUCUCCCUAUUCCCCAUGCUUCUCAAAGUACUCCAACCUGAAAGCGAGAAAUUAGGGAAGAUAUUAGAGAUGUUGGACAAACCCGACUUAUUGUGGUCACCGUAUGGGCUGAGGUCACUGUCGAAGCUGUCGCCACUGUACAUGAAGAGGAACACGGAGCACGACCCGCCGUACUGGCGCGGGCAGGUGUGGGCCAACGUCAACUACCUGGCGCUCGCCGCCCUGCGCCACUACAGUGCGCGGGGGCCCCACGCGCAGCGCGCCAGCGCUCUCUACACUGCGCUCAAGGAGAACGUAGUGCGAAACAUUCUCUCUGAGUACAAGAGAACAGGAUACCUUUACGAGCAGUACUCGGGGGAGGACGGUCGAGGCAGUGGCUGUAAGCCUUUCACCGGCUGGACAGCCCUUGUCGUCCUUAUCAUGGCGGACGAGUAUUAACGACCUUCCAAAGGCGACCUUAUCUGCGCAGAUUUAAAUAGCAGAAGAUUGUGGACGUUGCAUGGUUUGACAAUGGGGAUGAUGACUAGGUUUGAAUAUAUUGAUAUUUUUUAUACAUUCGGGUAUAUAAGGUCAAUGUUAACUAAUUUAUACAUAAAAAGUAAAGAUUGUCUGGAUAUUUGCAAAAUAAAUGGGAUUAUGAAUUUUCAAAAUCUAUUAAAAAUCUUUUAUCGUAAUUAGAUGAAAGGUUAUACAGUUUUAGCUUCCUAAUAUUAAAUGUGACAUUUUUUAAUAAAUGAACUAUAAACAUAAACGCAGAAAUAACAAAGAUAGUAGUAAUUUCGUUUAAACGCCCAUACAAAUCUGACGAUCAUUAUGUACCUACGACGUCAUUAAUUGGUACCAUUUUGUAUGUGACAUUUUUCAGGGAUCCGCGGCAGCGACAAAUCUGACCCUUUAAAUCCCUGUAGCUCCGAAAGUAAUGAUCGCAGAUACCCUGUUACUUUUACAAAAUUGCUUUACUAUUAGCGUACUCUUAAUUUAUAUACAAUUUAAAAAACUGUCAUCAUCCCUAUUGACCUACCGCCGCAAGAUUCAAUAACGGACUUAUAGGAACGUCGUAUGAUUUAACACUUUACUUACAGUGCAAGCGACGCAAGAUUUAACAACUGACUUACGUGAAAGUUGUAUGAUUUAACAUUUCACUUAUAAUGCAAGCGUCGCAAGAUUUAACAACUGACUUACGUGAAAGUUGUAUGAUUUAACAUUUCACUUAUAAUGCAAGCGUCGCAAGAUUUAACAACAGACUUACGUGAAAGUUGUAUGAUUUAACAUUUCACUUAUAAUGCAAGCGUCGCAAGAUUUAACAACAGACUUACGUGAAAGUUGUAUGAUUUAACAUUACACUUAUAAUGCAAGCGUCGCAAGAUUUAACAACAGACUUAUAAGAACGUAGUAUUAUUUAACACUUCACUUAUAAUUCAAGCGUCGCAAGUUUUACCAACAGACUUAUGUUAACGUCGUAUGAUUUAACACUUCAUUUAUUAUAAGCGUCGCAAUAUUUAACAUUGGACUUUAGUGCUAACCUAACAGAAUUUAGCAGUUGACUUAAGGCGAUGUCACACUAGUGCGUUGCGUUGUCAGAACCGGUCAACGCAUUGUAUGCCACAUCUGCGUUGCGUUGACGCAUGACGUUGCAGCGCAAGUUUCAAUAUUGCAUAUAAAACAAAUUAGCACUGUCCGUCGUUCGUUGAAACAACGCAACGUCAACGCAGCGCUUUGUGGCCUAUCGUUUAAAAUAUACAGAAAGCAACGCAUUUUCGACGCUGCGAUGUACCAAUGUAACGCAAAGCACUAAUGGGGCAUCGCUUUUAUAUGGAUCGCUGUCCUGGCGGAUGAGUAAUCCUUUCAAAUGCGACCUUAUCUGUGCAAGUUUGAGUAAACAACUAAGUAUGUUGUGUGGGCAUCGUAUGAUUUAACACUUAAUUUUGCAAGCGUCGCAAGAUUUAACAACGGACUUUAGUGUUAGCUAUUACUAUUCAAAACAUGGCACAAUACAUCGUUUUUUAUGGUAUUUUCGUUUUUGCUAUUAAACUAUAACCACUUAAACGUCCAUGUUAUCAACCAGAUAUUAAACGCCCCGAUAAGCCCCGCCCCCCAAAAAUCCUCAAAAAUCCCCAAAAUUCGAUAGACCUACUAAAAACGUAACGACGACUUAAGUAUCGCAUGUAUUUGAAAAUAAAAUAGCACGUAAAAAUAUCUACUUUUUUUUAAAUUAUUAAACUUUAUUUUUUUUUUUUAAAUUAUAAACUUUUUGCAAAAUCAAUCAAACUUUUCUUACACAACACUAAGAUAAAAAAAAUCUCGUGGUUUUAUCGUGGUAUGUACCCGUUUAAAUAAUAUUCACAACACUAAUAUAUUUACCACCAGAUUUAAGUAUACAUUUUUCAUAAUUAAAAACCAUAAAAACAACCAUAAGAACUUAGAAAUUCUACGGAAGCCUUAAAACGAUGUAAUGGGCCAUGUUUUGAACUAUACGAGUGUAAGCUGACGGACUAUUCACUAACUUUGUCUUCAUUGACAACCUAUUAGAAUAAACAUCAAAUCAGCUGUGAAAGGGGAUGAUGACUAGGUUUGAAUAUAUUGAUUUUUAUGAUACAUUCGGGUAAAUAAUGUUAACUAAUUUAAUAAUUUAUACAUAAAAAGCAAAGAUUGACUGGAUAUUUGCAAAAUAAAUAAGAUUAUAAAAUUUCAAAAUCUAUUAAAAAUCUUUUAUCGUAAUUAGAUGAAAAUUCAUACAGUUUUAGCUUCCUUACAUUAAAUGUGACAUUUUUAAAUACAUGAACUAUAAACAUAAACGCACAAAUAACAAAGAUAUCAGUAAUUUUGUUUGAACACCCAUACAAAUCUAACGAUCAUUAUGUACCUACGACGUCAUUAAUUCGUACCAUUUUGUAUGGGGCGGUUUUCAGGGAUCCGCUUCAGCGCCGCAAAUCUGACCCUUUAAAUCCCUGUAGCUCCGAAAGUAAUGAUCGCAGAUACCCUGUUACUUUUACAAAAUUGCUUUACUAUUAGCAUACUCUUAAUUUAUAUACAAUUUAAAAAACUGUCAUCAUCCCUAUUGUCAUCGACAUACUGUAUGAUAUCCAAGAAUGGUUGUCAGUAAGCACCGGAUGACAUUUGUUACAUAUAAUCUCAAUUUCGUGUAUGUCAACUAUCAUACGUCGAAGUUAGUGAAUUGGGCUUCAAACAAUUUUGGGCUACCUCCUUUAUUUAGAUAUUUCAUGUCAAGUGUAAAAAUUUUAAUUCAAAAUUUAGACUAGCUAGUUGUUAUUUCAUUAUAUAGAUAACACAGAAUAAAGAAUUAUGCAGAAUGAGUACAGAAGCACGGUGAGGCCGGUGAAAUCCAUAAAAAAAACAAACGUCACGCGUCUCCUUGUCAUCCGCAUAUAUACUUUUUUUCAUAAUUUGUAUAUUAAGAUUGAUAUUAAUAUCAUAAUAGACUAAUUAAUUACCAAUAAAAGUAAUUAUUGCCUGUAAAAAAAUACUCUAUCUUAUUUUUUAAAAUUUUUGUGAACAGUUUUUAAAAUAUUUUAAAACAUAAGACGCCAUUUUUCUGGAAUCAUAUCGAAAAUUGCUGAUGCGACGCUUCGUGUCUGGUCUGACUGGUGAAUGUAUUCCUUUUUUUGAUUUGUAUUUAGAAUGGCUACAUCCUUAUUUAUUUAUUUGGUUUACCAAUGACUGUUGCAGCAUUUACACAACUACAAUCAAAAAAAAACACAAGGCUCUGCACAAUCAAAUGAAGCUACACACGGCAUGCUCAUUUCCGUAAUAUUAAAAUAAAUUAACGAUUACAUAAAAUCAGUUUACAUAAGAAAAAAAUUACAGUAACAAGAAAAAGAAACAUUUUACAACUACUAUUUGAAUAUACUAUAUAAUAUAUAAUACAAAAAAUAAAAUGAGAUUGGUAAAAACAAAAACAAAAAUUAGUUUAGCAAAUUUAGUAAAACUAACUGCGCUCUAUCUGCAUUUUAUUCUUUUAUCUGUGAUAGUUAAUAGUAACGUAAAAUUCAUAAUUAAAAAUGUCAAUUAUUGGAUAGGUACACUAUCUAAUUGGUUUUACUUCUCUAGGUUCUAGCUAUAGAUAAAUUUUUAAUAGAGAUUUGUUUUGAUUGACUCCAGCGAGGAAGUUAAAACAUUAGGGAGGGUACCCUGCAUGUUGUUGAGUACCGCCAAGUAUGAUUGACGAUGAACCGUUAACACGAUCGCGGUACGAGGUCAAUUGACCUCGUGUGUCUGGCGUGUUCUCGUGACUAAUACGAGGUCAAUAGACCUCGUAUUAGUUACGAGGUCGAUGGACCUCGUACCGUAAACUUACCUAGUUUCACUUCCAGUCUUUUUUCAAAUGUCAAACUAAAGUAUUCAUUCUCUAGUGUUAAACUACCUUUAACUUGUAAAUACGGUUUUAUUAGAGGAUUCGAAAGCAGGUUCAACAAGAAAACCAUCUAGUAAGCUUUACUCAAUGCUAGUUUCUGCACUUGAUUGGACUUUAUUAAUGGAUACGUAUGAGAAACAUAAAAUCCCAGCGAUUUAUUAAGAUGUCGCUAUUUAUUUAUUUAUUUUGUCCACCAGUGACUGUUGCAGCAUUAACACAACUACAAUCGAAAAAAAAACACAAACACAAGACUCCGCACAAUCAAAUGAAGCUACACACGGCAUGCUCAUCCGUAAUAUUAAAAUGAAUUAACGAUUACAUAAAAUCAGUUUACAUAAGAAAAAAAAAUGCAUUUUACAGUAACAAGAAAAAGAAACAUUUUACAACUACUAUUUGAAUCUAUGUAUAAAGCUGAAGAGUUUGUUUGUUUGUUUGAUUGAACGCGCUAAUCUCAGGAACUACUGGUCCGAUUUUAAAAAUUCUUUCAGUGUUAGAUAGCCCAUUUAUCGAGGAAGGCUAUAUGCUAUAUUAUCACCAUAUUCCUAUGGAAACGAGAACCACGUGGGUGAAACCACGGGCGUUAGCUAGUAUACUAUAUAAUAUAAAAAAUAAAAUGAAAUUGGUAAAAACAAAAAUUAGUUUAGUAAAUCUAGUAAAACUAACUUGCGAUAUGUCCUUGGUGAGUCUAUUGGUAUUUCGAGCUCUAGACCAGACAUUUUCCUUUUGUCCCUCAGACCAAUUAUUGCAUAGGACCUGCCUCGCUAGACGUUACUUUUCUGUCAAAGUAUAUAAUCAACGAUCUAAUGCGAUUAUAAAAAUUGUCUCUAUAGAAUCGAUAUUAAAUAGUUGUAAUCGUAUUCGUCGGUUAAAGAGCUCCGUAAAAAUACUUUUUUGUGUCAUUGAAUUGUGUAAAAAACGGGCAAAAACUUCUAGGUUAGUAUAAGAUAUAUACAAAAUCUAAGCUCGUUUUGCUCAGAAAAUUACGGACAAUUUUGUUCGUGACUAUGAGUGCGAUACAGGUCCUUCUAUAAUUGGUCUGAGUUUUGUUCACACAAACUAAGCGAAUAGUACUUAUAGAGCUUUCUGAGCCGUUAAAUCCCUGUAGCUCCGAAAGUAAUGAUCGCAGAUACCCUGUUACUUUUACAAAGUUCCUUGAACAUUUCUAAUUAAUUUUCGGUAAAGAAUAUAGUCCCAGAGUUACGGGUAAUUAUGUAUAAAUUAUAAUUAUUCAACCAGUCUUCUGUAUAUUAUGUAAAUAAAUAAUUUAAAGAAA